CCAUGCUUCUUUAUAAUGUGUCUGGCCGCCGCCGCGCCGGCGUGGGUAGGCCACCCGCUCAUAGGCGCUGUGUUUCCACCGUUUUGGCAGGCGACGCCGGCGUGCCUGCUGCUGCUGCUGCUGCUCGCCGAGGCCAAGCCGCAGCACCGCGAGGAGAACGCCGUCCUCCAGCCCGGCGUGGCCGUCCUCGCGGCGCGCACCUCGCCGCAGGUCGCCGUCCAGGACAUGAUGAUGCAGGCCAUCAAGUGCUGCCCCGUGGACGAGCAGCGCGGCAUGCGGCGCGUCUUCCUGUCCAACCGCAACGUCACCUGCAACGACGGCUCGCCCGCCGGCUUUUACAUCAGGCGGUCGCACGGCAGUAGAAAGUGGAUCAUCUUCCUCGAAGGCGGCUGGUACUGCUACGACACGUGGAGCUGCCACCACCGCUGGCUCCGGCUGCGCCACCUCAUGACGUCGGCCCAGUGGCCGGACGUCCGCCAUGUCGGAGGCAUCUUGUCGCAGACUCCCGAGGAGAACCCCUACGCGUGGAACGCCAACCACGUCCUCGUGCCAUACUGCUCGAGCGACUCCUGGAGUGGCGCCACGCCGCCCGGCCCGGCCCCGGACCCCUCGUCGGCCACCUUCAGCUUCAUGGGGUCCCUGAUCGUGCAGGAGGUGGUGCGCGACCUCGCCGCCAUGGGCCUGCACAACGACUCCCACAUCCUGCUCGCGGGGACGAGCGCGGGCGGCACGGGCGUGAUGCUGAACGUGGACGCGGUGCAGGACCUCGUCCGCGGCCCGCUGGGCAUGCCGCACGUCUGCGUGCGCGGCCUGGUGGACUCCGGCUGGUUCCUGGACAGGGCGCCCUUCUCCCCCGACGGCCCCUACGGCCCCAACCGGCCCAACGCCCUGUCCGCGUCGGACGCCGUCCGGCAGGGCAUGUCGCUGUGGAGGGCCAGGAUGCCGUCGGCCUGCGCCGCGCACCACCGCGCCGAGCCCUGGCGCUGCUACUUCGGCUACCGGCUCUACCCCACGAUCCGAGCGCCGCUCUUCAUCUUCCAGUGGCUGUUCGACGAGGCCCAGAUGACCGCCGACAACGUGGGCGCGCCCGUCACCAAGCAGCAGUGGGACUUCAUCCACAAGAUGGGGGACAACUUCCGCACCACCUUUAAGAACGUCUCCGCCGUGUUCGCGCCGUCCUGCAUCGCGCACACUGUGCUCACCAAGCGGGACUGGGCCUCGGUGCGGAUCGACCGCGUGUCGCUGCCCAGCGCGCUGCGCUGCUGGGAGAGCCGCCACCUCGGCCCGCAUCUGCAGCAUCUGCCGCCGUCGUCCAUGGUGUCGGACUCUCCCGUCGGCGAGAAGCCCCCCGAGGAGAAGCACAAGCGGAAGAAGGGGAGCACCCGCAAGCAGCGGAAGGGGCAAGGCGAAGGCCGCGCCCGGUCCGCCCGGUCCGCUCGGAGUGGCUGCCCCACGCGACACGUCGAGAUGUGCUCUUGGCCGCAGUGCAACCACUCCUGCCCCAAACUGCACAACCCGUUCACAGGCGAGGAGAUGGACUUCAUCGAGCUGCUCAAGUCGUUCGGGCUGGACAUGAUGAGCGUGGCCAACGCGCUGGGCAUCGACAUCCAGACCCUCAACAACAUGGACCACGAGGAGCUGCUCAAUCUGUUGACGCAGCAGGCCAAUUGCCGGCCCAGACCGGCUCGCGUUCUGCUCGCGUUCUGCCCGCGUCCUCGGACUCGUCCCGGCAGUGCCGUCGUGGAGCCUGGGGUGCGCGGUGACCGUCCCAGCCCGCCGCCCGCGCCACCAAACCGCGGACUCGUCCGCGGCUCGAGAACCAUGACUGCCCGGUGGACUCUGUCGCUGCUGCUCGGCGCCGUGCUGUUCGUGCACCUUGAGGGCCAGCCCAUGCCGUCCUCCGGCUCCAAGCCCGUAAGCCCCGGCUCCAGCGCCUCCAGCGCCGACAGCAGCUCCGACGAGGUGGACCGGUACCCGGGCGAGGUGCUGGGCUGGAAGAACACGCUGAUGGCGACCCGGGACGACGCCGACGACAACCGCUGCUUCGCGCUGCUCUACAUGACCGUGUCGCCGCUGCUGGAGCCCGAGGUGCCGCCGCGCCUCACGGACGUGGCCUGGGACUACAGCCACUGCAACGCCACGCCGCGCCGCGUCGUCCUGUACGAGCGGCAGUGGGACGAGCGGGACGCGGCCUCGGUGGAGGAGAUCGUGGCAGUGUGGAGCGCGGAGAUCCUGGAGCCCAAGGGCAGGAUCCGCAGCAACUACUCCGCGCCGCGCGGCCCGGUGCCCUACUACUGGCAGAGGAACUACACGGGCGACCACCACCCCGACGGCGACUUCUGCCUGCCCUUCCGCGCCGCCCUGCUGGACGAGAAGGCCAGGAUCAUCAACACGCAGUGCAUCAGGAUGAGGCCCACGUGGAUGAAGCAGCUCGUCGACAAGACAAACUCCGAGCUGUCCAUCCACGAGAUGCUGCUGCCCGGCACGCACAACUCGUUCUGCUACUCCAGGGACAGGGACUCGGAGAGCUCCUCGUACCUGCUGACGCAGGACCUGGACGUCUGGGACCAGCUGCUGCUCGGCGUCCGGUACUUCGACAUCCGCGUCGGCUACUACCCCCAGGACAUGGGCGACCAGCAGAACGAGGACCACCCGGACCACGGCGAAAAGUUCUGGGUGAACCACGGCAUCAUCCGCGUGCAGCCGCUGGUGCCCCUGCUCAGGGAGCUGCGGCGCUUCCUCACGGACUUCGCCAAGCACGAGAUGGUGGUGCUGGACUUCCACCGCUUCCCCGUGGGCUUCGGCGCGUCCUCGGGCGAGUACGACGACCCUCACCCCCAGCUCAUCGAGAUCAUCAAGCAGGAGCUGGGCGACAUCCUCGUCACCAACGACAGGCCCGUCACCAUGCCCUCCGUCAAGGACACCGUCGCCAAGGGCAAGAAGGUCUUGGUGGCGUACCACGACAAGAAGUGGCAAUCCAGAGAGAUCAACACGCUCUGGCAGCCGAUCCCCCAGCAGUGGGGCAACCAGCAGAGCCCCAAGGGCUUGAUGAAGUACCUGGACAAGGCCAUCCACCUCGUGUACCAGAAGCACUACGAGGUGUGGGCCCUGAUGGCCGAGAUGACGCCCACCGUGGUGGACGUCCUGAUGCAGCGCUCCAACCUCCGCGUCAUGGCCGACCUGGUCAACUACAACGUGACGGAGCGGGCCCGGCGGGGGUACUGGUACCGCAACGCCAACGUCAUCGCGCCCGACUUCAUCGAGGGCACGGACCUGGUGAGGGUCGCCGUCGAGUCCUGCCGGUUCCGCACCAACAUCAAGAAGAUCGACAGGCUGCCCGUCAGCGCCCUGGAGGAGGUGCGCGACAACCUGGACAACGAGAAGUACGCCCUGCCGGCGCCCUGGGGCGUCACGUACCCCAUCCCGGCCCCAGCGUCACAACACUUAAAAAGAACUACCGCGGCGGCGGCGGCGUGAGCGUCUGGAUUGUACCUGUGAACCUCUUCGAUGGGAAAGGACGGACGGAAUGAAUGACAGAACGACUGAGAAAUUUCCUGUGGCAAGUAACAGUUUAAUUUUUCCAUCUUUAUAUUGGACAAAAAACAAAACAUGUAGUAGCUGCAGCGUUUAUACACAGUAGGUAAUCAUAACUUAGUAGAAGUAAGUAGAACUGCACUUCAGAAUGUUUCUCAUGGCUCCUAGAGCAGCCAGCCGCGAUGCAGCAAGUGUUCAACUAUUUUUACAGGAAAAAGUGAAAACAUAUAACAGGGUAACAAAAUGUUAACAGCAGGACACUUGUUUUUCUCGGCGUGGUUGCCGAAAUUGUUACAUGCGAAACAUUCUGGCUACAGUGUAGAUUUAUUUUUACUCAUUCUCAUGAGUGACAGUACUUCAGACACAAAAUUUGAGGCUAUAAAUAGCCUGCAAGGAUUCCAAAAGGUGCCGCAAAAGGAAGGAAUUAACUGUGAUAACAAAAAAAAAAUAAACAAUAUUUUUUCUUAA